AUGGAAGAGCCAUUUCUUGUGAGAGACGACCAGUUAGUGCCCUGUAAAGCAACAUGGCAAAGAGGUCAAUUCAUGGUCGAGCUGAAGAAAGUGAGCCGCUUGGCCGCUCCUAUGGCCACCGUGACCAUUGCUCAAUACCUACUGCCUGUUAUCUCAGUCAUGGUCGCUGGCCACUACGGCGAGCUCCAGCUCUCCGGCGUCGCUCUUGCCACCUCCUUCACUAACGUCUCCGGCGUCAGCGUUAUAUAUGGGUUAGUUGGUGCUCUAGAAACUCUUUGUGGCCAAGCCUAUGGAGCCAAACAAUACGACAAAAUCGGAACCUACACAUACUCUGCAAUCGCCUCCAACAUUCCUAUCUGUUUACUAAUAUCAAUCCUCUGGAUUUACAUCGACAAGCUCUUGAUCUCUCUCGGACAAGACCCUGACAUCUCAAGAGUCGCAGGGUCCUAUGCCUUUUGGCUCAUACCGGCUUUGUUCGGCCAAGCUAUUGUCAUACCACUGACUCGGUAUCUGCAGACACAAGGGUUGGUUUUCCCUCUUCUCUAUUGUGCUUUAACCACCCUUUUGUUCCACAUACCGGUUUGUUGGACUAUGGUUUCCGUGCUUGGUCUGGGAAGCAAUGGAGCUGCCAUGGCUAUUAGUGUGUCUUUUUGGUUUUACGCUGUGAUACUCGCAUGCUACGUGAGAUUCUCCAGCACUUGUGAGAAGACUCGCGGCUUUGUAUCGAACUAUUUCAUGUUUUGUGUCAAACAGUUCUUCCAUUACGGAGUCCCAUCAGCAGCAAUGCUUUGCCUUGAAUGGUGGCUAUUUGAGCUGCUGAUACUCUCCUCAGGACUUCUCCCUAACCCGAAACUCGAGACCUCUGUUCUUUCAAUAUGUCUUACAACAGCAGCAUUGCACUAUGUAAUUCCAGCUGGAGUUGCGGCGGCUGUGAGCACGCGCGUGUCAAACAAACUGGGAGCUGGGAAUCCUCAAGUCGCUAGGGUAUCAGUAUUGGCAGGGCUUUGUCUGUGGCUUGUAGAGUCAGCUUUCUUUAGCACACUUCUCUUCACCUGCAAGAAUAUCGUAGGCUACGCAUUCAGCAACAGCAAAGAAGUUGUGGACUAUGUCGAGGACCUAUCUCCUUUGCUCUGUCUCUCCUUCAUACUCGACGGAUUCACCGCAGUUCUUAACGGGGUUGCUAGGGCAAGUGGUUGGCAACAUAUUGGAGCUUGGAACAACGUGGUGUCUUAUUAUCUCGUAGGAGCUCCGGUUGGACUUUACUUAGCUUUCGUUCGUGGGUUCAAUGGAAAAGGACUCUGGUGCGGUGUUGUGGUUGGAUCCGCUGUGCAAGCCACUAUACUGGCUAUCGUCACUUCUUCUGUGAAUUGGAAAGAACAGGCCGAGAAGGCGAGGAAGAGAAUAGUCUCAACUGAAAAUGGAUUGGCAUAA